AUGCAGCUUUCCAGCCUACGGUGUGCGAUGGAGGAGGCGCUUCUGACCAAUAGAACGUUCGUGCUGCCUCGCCACAUCUGCAUCCGCCCAGCCUUCAACAUCGACGCUGCCAGGAUAGUGAACACAUCCCAAACGGAGAUGCUUUUAGAGGAUCUCUUCGACCUUAAAGCCAUCAUCAAGGCUUUGCCCAAGGGUAUCGUCUUUGCUGACUCGGACGACUGGAAACAGACGCUCGCCGCCGCCCAAGACGCGCAGACCCUGGCGGACGCUCGGAAGAAGAAUCCUCCUAAGAAGGAAGGAGAGGAGGGAGGGGGAGGGGGAGAGGAGGAGGAGGAGGACGAGACCCCGGCACAGUAUUUGGUGGUGGAGGAUGGGAGUGUGAGUUGGAGGGAGCUUCGGGACGUGCCUGAUUAUGCCGAGGCUAAGAUUGUGCAUCGGAAGGAUGACCGGCCCUGGAGGAGGGUGUGUGCGACGCGGUUCAACGGCACAGCAGUGAUCUACCACGGCCCGCCCUUUGCCAAAUACAUCCGUGACCUUGCCAUGCAGUUGUCUGAGAAGCUAGGCCAUUUUGUCUUCCUGCAUGUGCGCCGCCACAACACAGACAUCAUGAGGGACGAUGCGUCGUACCUGCGCUGCCGGCACCUCGACCGCGACACUCGCGUGCCGGCCAUCCGAAGGCACAUCUGGCGGCUCAUCCCCGAGAACAGCACCCUCUACAUCGCCACGGAUGAGGUCAACCCAGGGUUCUUCUCGGGCCUCAGGCAGUGCUAUGACUCUCCGCCUAACGGCUCGUCCUCGGAAUUCCCGCAACCCGUGUCCGGUUUGUCGUUUUCCGAGCGCAAAUUCGGACCGUUGGCGGAGGUCCCCCCGGAGGAGUAUGAUCUAGGGGUGGCGGAGCGCGCGGUGCAGCUGUCGUGCCGACUGACGCAGCGCGUGCAGGACCAGCUGCGACGCGCGGAAGACGUCGCGCGGUCGAAGAAGGACAAGUCGUUCGUCACCGUCGCAGACUGGGGAGUGCAGGCGGUGGUGAGCUGGGUGCUCAAGCAGGCCUACCCCGACGAGCCCAUCUCAAUGGUGGCAGAGGAAGACACCAAGGAGCUCACCGGCCAAGCCGGCGUCGCCGUCCUGCAGCGCCUCGUGCAAACCGUCAACGAGUGCCUCGCUGAGGCCGCCCUUGUCGGCAUCCCCCCGCCGCAAGCGCCGCUCACGGCGGUGCAGGUGCUGCAGGCGAUCAGCCGCGGAGGGUCGGAGGGCGGCGCGGAGGGGCGGCACUGGGUGUUAGAUCCCGUCGACGGGACAUUAGGGUUCGUGCGGGAUGACCAAUACGCAGUCGCGCUCGCGUUGCUGCAGGAUGGGCAGCUGAAAGUCGGCGCGCUGGGCUGCCCGAAUUUCCCGGUCAGGUCGGGGUGGCUCCGGCACCCGCACCGGUUCCACCGGCUGACCGCGAAAUACUUUCCGCCGACCAAGUGGCAUAAGGGGUUCGUGCUGAAGGCGAAGAGAGGAGGGGGCACGUGGAUGGAGUCGCUGGUGGAGAUUGGGAGGGAUGGAGGGGCGUUGAGAGCGGUUCCGAUGCCGGUUAGGGUUUCGCCGGUGCAAGAUGCUGCUCUGGCGACGUUCUGCGAGCCCGUGGAGAAGGCGAACUCGAACCAAUCGUUCACUGCUGAGCUGGCAGACACGCUCGGCAUCAGCACGGAGCCUCUGCGCGUCUACAGCAUGGCCAAGUAUGCCGCCAUUGCACGCGGUGACGCUGAGAUCUUCAUGAAGUUUGCGCAUGGCAGCUACAAGGAGAAGAUCUGGGACCAUGCAGCAGGCGUGAUAAUAGUAGAGGAGGCGGGUGGUGUGGUGACCGAUGCGGGCGGCAACCCCUUGGAUUUCAGCAAGGGGAGGUUUCUCCUGGGGUUGGACAGAGGGAUCAUGGCGACCAAUGGCCCGGAUAUGCACGAGCAACUGUUGAACACUGUAGAUGCCAGCUGGAGUGCUUCUCGGCUGUAA